AAUCUUUGCUACACCCCCAGUCUGGGACCACUGAGCAACUCUUACUGAACUCCCAGUCUGACACCCCCAGUCUGUCACUAAGACUCCACUUUUCCCCCAAACUAUAACUAUGCGGUUUAACGCGACCUCCCGGCUCCCGCAUGCAGCAGGACACCUUUACCGUGAUGUCCAGGACUUGUUGCUUUCCACAGCCUCAGCCAGCAACCUCAGCCUGUCCAACCUAUCCGACCUCAUGCCCAAGCCAAUCAUGUCAGAGGAUGAACUGGAUGUCAACACCGAUAUUUACUCUAAAAUCCUGGUCACCGUCGUCUACCUCUUCCUCUUCAUCGUGGGCUGCACGGGCAACUCCAUCACUGCCUACACCCUGGUGAAGAAGAAGUCCCUGCAGAACCUCCAGAGCACAGUCCACUACCACCUGGCCAGCCUUGCCCUCUCUGACCUGCUCAUCCUCAUCCUCAGCAUGCCCAUUGAGCUCUACAACUUCAUCUGGGUCCAUCACCCCUGGGCAUUUGGCAACACCGUGUGCAAGGGCUACUACUUCCUCAGGGACGCCUGCACCUAUGCCACAGCCCUGAACAUCGCCAGCCUCAGUGUAGAGAGGUACCUGGCCAUGUGCCACCCAUUCAAGGCCAAAAGCAUCAUGUCAAGAAGCAGGACUAAGAAACUCAUCAGCUUCAUCUGGCUGGCAUCCCUGCUUCUGGCCAGCCCUAUGAUCUUCACCAUGGGGCAGAUAUAUGGAUUGGACACAGAACACCCAAAUAACAUCAUCUGUACCAGGAUCGUGGAAAUGUCCACCUUCAAGACUGUCAUCCAGGUCAAUGCCUUCCUUUCUUUUGUUUUUCCAAUGGUGGUCAUUUCUGUGCUGAACACCAUCAUUGCCAACCAACUGAUCAUCAUGGUGAAGCAAGCCCACCAGGAAAACCAAGUGUGCACCAUUGGGGGCCAGCAAACAGUUCUGAGUAUGUCAAUAGAGCCCAGCCGCAUUCAGUCGCUGAAACAUGGUGUCCGAGUCCUGAGAGUGGUGGUGAUCGCCUUCGUUGUGUGCUGGUUGCCGUAUCACGUGCGCCGCCUGAUGUUCUGUUAUAUUCCAGAAGAGAUGUGGACGGAUGAACUCAACGAUUUCUACCAUUACUUCUACAUGAUGACCAAUGUGCUGUUCUACGUCAGCUCCACCGUUAAUCCCAUCCUCUACAACCUGGUGUCCGCCAAUUUUCGUCAGAUCUUUGUCUCUACGCUCAGUUUUUUAUGCCCACCCUGGAGAAGGAAGAAGAAGCGACCCACCUUCACCCGCAAAUCCAACAGUAUCUCCAGCACCAACCACACCUUCUCCACUCAAAUCACCAGGGAGACCCUGUAUUGAGGUUCCAUAAGGAUGGUAGUCAACAGGCAAAGCUACACAUUGUCUUAAAUCCACUUUAUCCAGGUCAUCAGGGAGACCUCCAUACUACAAUUCCACAAGAAUUGUGAUCAACAGACAAAGUCCUGUUGUCUUCAAACCAUACUAAUCAUUCACCAUCAAGGAUUCUUCUCAAAGUGAACAUCCAUACUGUAUCUAAUGCUGUAUAUAUCCAGGAUAUUAUCGUUGCUUGAGAACCUCUGUCCUUUUAAUCCCAGCAGGCUGUCAUUGAUGACUUCAGGUCAAUCCAUAUGUAUGGUUAUUGUUUUUUUGACAUUUCAUGGCAGGAAAUUAUUUAUUUUACAGCAGAUAUUGCACCAGUUGAUUCCAUGCAGCCCCAUGUUGAUAAGGAACUCUAGCUGAUAUUAUUUAUUAUUAUGGAUUUGAUUUGCUAGCGACAGAACCAGAAAGGACAAAAAAAAGGAAAAAUGUACUUAAAAUUCCACUUAAAGGAACAAUGGCUUCAUUAAGGAAUUCUGAUUUUUUGAUCUCUCUGAAGCUGAAUUCAGCAUUGAUGAAAUCUAAAAGUCUAUAAAAAUAUCCUGUGAUACAGACAAAGGAGAUUAGUGAAAACACUGUCUUCUUCCAAAUGGGACAAUUGUGAUAUUGAUUAAUGACGGUUCCGCAGCCGAGAAAUAAUUCAUUUGUAUACUUCCGCCAAUGAAAUCUGCCAUAAAGAAGCCAUGAGGUUAACAGCGCAAACCAUAGUAAUUACCUGUGACUUGAAGUUCAGUCUUUGGAAGAUGAACGGAAUGUGGAGGAUUGUUCAUCUGAGAUAAGGUGGACAAAUUACAGUAUAAUAUUUCUGUUGCGGUACUUUUCCAAAAGAUGUAAAGAAGCACAGUGCCAAAUCCUAAAGCAGAUAAAUAGCACUGUAUUUAGUAUUAAUACUACAGUGGGUGUAAGGUUAGAAAUAGACGGAGUGGAAAUCAUGUAGAUUUAUACAUGGAAAUGCAAAUAAACUGCCCCUGUGGCAUAUAUAAUGUAGUACAUAUGUUGUCGUGGGGGUAAAGGUGUGUGUUUGCCCCAUGUAUAUUCCAUUUAUUUGCCCUCCUGUAUGUGUGCCAUACUCUGUGCUCAUUGUAGUGAACGUCAAACUUGUGUAUAUGUGUUUGUCAGGCACCCACUCUCUUAAUACAGGUAUGGGACCUGUUAUCCAGAAUGCUUGGGACCUGGGGUUUUCCGGAUAAUGGAACAUUCCAUA